GAUUUUCUGAAUGCGUGUCAAGAUGCCAUGCCUUAUGUCAAGGGUCUCGACAUUUUAAAUGACUGGGAGGAAAAUCGGAAGCUCGUUCACAAAUUGCCAGACUGGGCAGCUUUAAGUUGGAACCGACAAGUCACGCAAAGUCUAAAUGAAAAUCAAGAAUUCCCAAGUUUCAAGGAGUUCGCUAGAUUCACAUCGAACGAAGCUGAGAUUGCUUGCAAUCCCAUUACUUCCUUUCAUGCCCUUCGUUCAUUAGAUUCUAUCACUGAGAAGAGAAAUCUCAGAGAUGUGAAGAAAAACAAGGCUAGUGUUUUUACCACUCAAACAGUCAAUGACAAUGAAAACCACAAGUCAGUACAAAGGAAGGCUAAGACUUCAUGUAUACUUUGUCAAGAUAAUAAACACCAGCUUCAUGCAUGCUCCAAGUUCACUGAGAUGGCGUUGGUUGAGCGACGCAACUACAUAAAGGAGAAGAAACUCUGCUAUGGAUGCCUGAAACCUGGCCAUAGUGUGAGAAACUGUCUUCAUCGUCAUUUUUGUGACCACUGUAAGGGAAAGCAUCCUACAGCUCUGCAUGAUGACAACUAUAAAAGAGAAAGGUCUACAUCAGAACCAGAGACAAAUCGAGGUGCUGCUGCAACAUCACUCAGUGUAGCAGGUGAAGGCUCAUCUAACACAUCAAUGGUGAUACCAGUCUGGGUUUCAUCUAAAAAUGAUCCAACAACUGAGAAGCUUGUGUAUGCACUACUUGACACUCAAAGCGACACUACGUUUAUUGACCAAGAAGUGAGUGAUGGUCUUAAUGCUGACAAGUAUCCAGUGAAAUUGAAGUUGACGACUAUGAGUGGUAAGGAUACAGUACUCACAAGCGAAGGUGUUUCUGGACUUCGUGUAAGAGGAUACAGUUCAGCAGUUCAAAUUGAUCUUCCGGUCGUCUAUACAAAGGACUGCAUACCUAUUAACCGCUCACAUAUUCCCACUUGUGAGACGGCUAAACAAUGGAGUCAUUUUGCAGAAAUAGUGGAUGAAAUCCAACCACUGAAGGACUGUGUAGUAGGUCUUUUGAUCGGCUACAACUGCUCAAGAGCUAUGGCACCAAGGCAAGUCCUUUUAGGAGAAGACGAGGAUCCCUAUGCUGUAAGGACGGAUUUAGGAUGGAGUAUUGUAGGGCGCUCACUACAAACCCAUGAUGCGUUGAGCACACACCACUUGUGUCACAGAAUUACAGUUAAGGAGCUACCUCCGAUAACUCCGACCGACGUCAUUCGCAUUUUAGAGUCUGACUUCAAAGAUGGCAGUGACGACAGCAAAAUUGUGUCACAAGAUGACAUCACAUUCCUCAACAUACUGGAUGAGGGAAUAAGGAAAAACAUACAUGGCCAUUAUGAGAUGCCUCUGCCCUUUAAAACCAGACCCAGUUUGCCUGACAACAAAGGCUCCGCUAUGACACGCCUCCUUCACCUUAAAAGGAAAUUGCAACGGGAUGAAAGGUUUAAGAAGCUUUAUGUUGAGUUCAUGGAGGAAGUCAUCGGAAACGGAGAUGCUGAGCAGGUCAAGGACGGUGGGAGUGAAGGAGAGAGAUGGUACAUUCCCCAUCAUGGUGUGCAUCAUGCGAAGAAGCCAGAUAAACUUCGUGUAGUGUUCGAUUGCUCAGCCAGAUAUAAAGGAACAAGCUUGAAUGAUCACCUCCUCUCUGGGCCUGACAUGUUGAACAACUUAAGUGGAGUUCUCAUCCGUUUCCGACAGCACCCCAUUGCAUUGAUGUGCGACAUUCAAAAGAUGUUCCAUCAGUUUCAUGUGGUCGAAGCUGACCGCAACUUCCUGCGCUUUCUUUGGUGGAAGCAAGGAGAUUUGAACUCACAGCCCAGCGAGUUUCGCAUGAAAGUGCAUCUGUUCGGUGCAGCUUCCUCCCCGGGUUGUGCAAACUAUGGGAUGAAACACCUAGCUAAAGAGAAUUGCGGCAUCUACACUCAAGGAUCGAGAUUUGUUAUGAGAGACUUUUAUGUAGAUGAUGGGCUCGCAAGUGUUGAAAACACUAAAGAUGCUAUUCAGCUUGCCAGAGAGGCUCGUGAACUCUGCGCCAUGGGUGGUCUCCGACUACAUAAGUUUGUGUCUAAUGACAGAAAGGUAUUAGAGAGUAUACCACCCUCCGAACGAGCGAUCAACGUGAAAGAUAUGGAUCUCGCAUUUGAUGAUUUGCCACUUGAGAGAGCUCUCGGUAUUCAAUGGGAUGUGGAGUCUGACCGCUUUAGGCUUAACGUCAGUCUUAAGGAGCAGCCAGCGACACGACGUGGCAUUUUAUCUACAGUGGCUUCUCUGUACGAUCCUCUUGGGUUUGUGGCGCCAGUCAUCCUCAAAGCGAAGAUCAUUCUCCAGGAGAUGUGCAGACGGGGCAUUGGCUGGGACGAUCCUCUCACUGACGAGCUUCGUCCAAAAUGGGAACAAUGGAGAAGUGAUCUAGCCCACUUGGAUAAUUUCACUAUAUCCCGUACCUACUCACCUGUUGGAUUUGGAAGGAUCUCAAAGACAGAGCUGCAUCAUUUCUCUGAUGCCAGUGUGAAGGGUUACGGCCAGUGUUCAUACCUGCGACUCCAAAACGAAGAGGGUGAUAUUCAUUGUGCCUUAGUUGUAGGAAAAUCACGUGUCUCUCCAACCAAGGUCACAACUAUCCCAAGACUAGAAUUGACAGCAGCAGUUGUUUCCGUGAAGAUAAGCAACAUGCUUAAGGAGGAAUUGGGAUGUAUAAAUGCCGAGGAGUUCUUCUGGACCGACUCUAAAGUGGUCUUAGGUUAUAUAAGAAAUGAAGCACGACGAUUUCAUACGUUUGUGGCUAACCGGGUUCAGAAGAUUCAGCUCAGCUCAGCCCCACAACAGUGGCGAUAUGUCCCAACAAGUGAGAAUCCUGCUGACCAUGCUUCUCGAGGCUUAACUGCCAGUGAGCUUUUGUCAUCUACCUGGCUCACUGGACCCAAGUUUCUAUGGAACAAGGAAAUUGAGCUGGCUACAGAUGAAAUAUCAGAGUUAACCGUCGGAGAUCCAGAAGUCAGGAGUGUUUUAGCGCUCAGUACCAACACCACUGAAUGUGUGAGUCUCAUUGAUCGCUUUUCUAAGUUCUCAUCAUGGUCAAUAGCAACGCGAGCAGUUGCACGCAUUCUCAGGCGCAUAAGUAAGAACAGAUCAAACAGUCUCACCUCUGUAAUAGAAAGAGAAGAGGCAGAACAUUGUUUGAUCAAACAUCUGCAGAAAAAUGUGUAUCCUGAAGAGUUGAAACUGCUGAGCAAAGGGAUCCCUCUACCACAUCACAAUCCGUUACAUGCUCUUGAUGCUUUACUCCAUGAUGACGGUGUCCUCAGGGUGGGAGGGAGGCUGUGCAACUCCUCUCUUCCCAACUUCAUCAAGCACCCUGCAAUCAUUCCCAAAGAUCAUCAUAUCACGAGGAUGAUUAUUGCUUAUUGUCACGAGAAGAUGAAACAUCAAGGUAAAGGUCUUACCAUUAAUGAAAUAAGGCAAAGCGGUUACUGGAUUACGGGAAUCAACCGGGCGGUUGCAUCAUACAUUCGUCAAUGUGUCAUCUGUAGACGGCAACGCAGACCUAUGGAAGAGCAAAGGAUGGCCGAUCUACCCCCUGAUCGGUUGGAGCCAUCAUCCCCCUUCACUUUCUGCGGCAUGGACUGCUUCGGGCCAUUCAUUACAAAGCAGGGAAGAAAAGAGAACAAGAGGUACGGUCUUCUUUUUACUUGCCUUAGUUCCCGCGCUGUUCAUAUUGAGUUUCUUGAAGACAUGUCGACAGAUGCCUUCAUAAAUGGCCUUCGAUGUUUCAUUGCCAUACGUGGUACUGUUCGUCAGAUCAAAUCUGAUCGAGGGAGCAACUUCGUAGGAGCCAAAAAUGAGUUUAGAGAAGCUCUAAAGGAAGUCGAUGCAGACCGUCUGGCUGUAUUUCUUGCAGAGAAGCAGUGCGACUUCAGCAUGAAUGCACCCUAUUCUAGCCAUGCCGGAGGAGUGUGGGAACGACAAAUAAGGACAGUGAGAAGCGUUCUUAGGUCCACUCUUGCCCUUUCCUCUGGUAGAUUAGAUGAUGCUUCGCUACGGGCCUUUUUCUAUGAGGCUAUGGCUAUAGUCAAUAGUCGUCCUUUGACCGUUGACAAUCUCAGUGACCCCAAUAGCCUCGAACCACUUACCCCUAAUCAUCUUCUGACGAUGAAAUCUGUCCAGGCCUUGCCUCCCCCUGGUGAAUUCGUCAGAGAAGAUGUGUAUGGCAAGAAAAGGUGGAGACAUGUUCAAUAUCUCGCGGAACAGUUUUGGAGUCGAUGGCGAAAGGAAUACCUUGCCAAUAUUGCACUCAGACAGCGCUGGCAUGCUCCAAGAAGAAAUUUACAAGUUGGAGAUAUUGUAAUCGUGAAAGGAGAGGAUGUGCACAGGAACGAGUGGAGAUUGGGUAGGGUUUCAGAAACCACUACUGACAAAGAUGGACUUGUACGGAGAGUUAAAAUUCACCUUGGUGACAGUAAGCUUGGCAAGAAAGGUGAACGUCUUCACAAGGUGUCCGAGGUUGAGCGCCCAGUCCAGAAGCUUGUUCUGCUGUUGGAGAGUAAUUAAAUCUGCUCCUUCCCUCCAUAGUGCAAAGUAUUACAUAGUUAUAGAUAAGUUUCCAACAUUAGUAUAAGUUGUCUUUGUUCUUAUAUGGGCUCAGGGAAGGCAAUUUUCAGUUAAAAUCAUUCGUGCCUAAGGUGGUCUGUGUACCAUCCCAUUAUUCACUCAUGAUUGGUGGGAGUGUAACUAACUCUAAGGAAAGAGUAAAUAAGUAAUAAUUUCUUUUGAAUUUUAUUUUAUUCGUCUCCUCUGUUAAUGUAAUGAGCCCUUUAUUUUCCGCCUCUAUAGUGGAACGUUAAUUUCGCGUCUAGAAAGGCGGGACUGGUUAGUGAGACGCACACACGGAAGAAAGGAGAAAUUAAUCACAUGUCGCUCUAAAACGCUCCGAAAUCGUUUGUUUCUAAAGGAGAGGAGCGGAUAAUUAAGCACCUAGCUGGAACGGGAACAAGCUCUUACGGUGUUUCAAGAAGAAAAAGGUGAAAGAAAAUAAAAGUUUUUGAAAUAUCA